ACUGAUUAAAGCAGACAUGUUCUUGCAGGGAACUAGUGAGUGCCAGAGGGGAGGGCAAUGGAAUGAGAAGCAGGAGUUUUUCUCAGCUCUUACACCGACUCCCUGCGUGACCUUGGAGCAGCCAUGGAGGUGAUGAACAUGAUGGAGCAGCCGAUCAAGGUGACGGAGUGGCAGCAGACCUACACCUACGACUCAGGCAUACACUCCGGGAUGAACACCCAGGUGCCAUCGGUCAGCAGCAGGUGCAUUGGGGACGACGAGGACCUCUACGGCAAGCAGUACACCAUCAAGACCACCACCUACAGAGAGGGAGGCGGCCAGGGCCAGGGCCUGGGCCUGGGCGCGGGAGCAGCUGCAGCCGAGAUGGAGUCUCAGCGCUGCCAUGUACCGGAGACGGUGGAGGACCGCUCCCUGCUCAUGACCACGCACAUCGAGGGCCAGCAGACCAACGUGCAGAGGCUGGCCGAGCCCUCCCAGAUGCUGAAAUCCGCCAUCGUGCACCUGAUCAACUACCAGGACGAUGCUGAGCUGGCCACCCGGGCCAUUCCGGAGCUCACCAAGCUGCUGAAUGACGAGGACCCGGUCGUGGUCAGCAAAGCGGCCAUGAUCGUCAACCAGCUGUCCAAGAAGGAGGCCUCGCGCCGCGCCCUGAUGCAGUCCCCGCAGGUGGUGGCGGCCGUGGUGCGCGCCAUGCAGAACACCAGCGACCUGGACACGGCCCGCUGCACCACCAGCAUCCUGCACAACCUCUCGCACCACCGCGAGGGGCUGCUGGCCAUCUUCAAAUCCGGGGGCAUCCCGGCUCUCGUGCGGAUGCUCAGCUCGCCGGUGGAGUCAGUCUUGUUCUACGCCAUCACCACCCUGCACAACCUGCUGCUGUACCAGCACCUGAUCAUUCUGGCCAAUGGGGGACCCCAGGCCCUGGUGCAGAUCAUGCGCAGCUACACCUACGAGAAGCUGCUCUGGACCACCAGCCGGGUGCUCAAGGUCCUGUCCGUGUGUCCCAGCAACAAGCCUGCCAUCGUGGAGGCCGGCGGGAUGCAGGCGCUGGGGAAACAUCUGACCAGCUCCAGCCCACGGCUCGUCCAGAACUGCCUGUGGACCUUGAGGAACCUCUCUGACGUGGCCACCAAGCAAGAGGGCCUGGACGGCGUCCUCAAGAUCCUGGUCAACCAGCUGAGCUCGGAUGACGUCAACGUGCUGACCUGCGCCACCGGCACCCUCUCCAACCUGACCUGCAACAACAGCAAAAACAAGACCCUGGAUCCUACCCUGGUCACGCAGUCCAACGGGGUGGAAGCCCUGAUCCACACCAUCCUGCGGGCGGGCGACAAGGAGGACAUCACCGAGCCGGCCGUCUGCGCCCUGCGGCACCUCACCAGCCGGCACCCAGAGGCCGAGAUGGCCCAGAACUCGGUGCGGCUCAACUACGGCAUCCCGGCCAUCGUCAAACUCCUCAACCAGCCCAACCAGUGGCCGCUGGUCAAGGUAAAACGGCAGGCG